GCACAACGUUGUGUCACUGAACUGUCAAGCUCCAAGUCUGUGUCGGUGUGUUGUUUCCUUAUAAAUCUUCGUCAUUUCCCGAGCAAAUCUCAUUUCCUUCUGGAUAUGACACUGUAAAGAUGACAAGGUGACGCUAACAACGAGCUGGUCAUGGACUGAUUUUAGAGUUAGACGAUGAUUCACUGAAAUACAAAGUCGAGACAAUCAAGCAGUAAAAAUGCCGCCCACUUCAAGGGGAGGGGACAAGCAGCGUGGAAGGGGGCGUAAGCUCUUCCUUGAAGACAGCACCUUCCAGCGCCACUAUGACGCCAUGGCGAAGAACCGGAUCAAGUACGCUGCUGUCCUGACCAUGCUGCAGAGAACUGGCACUGAAAUAUCUCAUGCCUCAAAGGUUCAUGCCCUGGCAGCAGCCUGGGCCCACAGUGACAAUGAACUUGCCAACUCCCUGCUCGGUCAUAACUCCAACGAGUUCGGCCUGGUGGAGGUCCUCAAGGCAGCAACCUUGCUGGAUACGAGCCGCAGGAUCCGGGAGUGGGAACGCAAGCUGAAGCGUCUGCAGAUGCACCCCAAGAAACUGCCGCGCAAGCAGAACCAGGCGGUGGGCAAGAUCAAGUCUGUGAUUAAGAACCUGACGAGCAACAAGCCCAAGGCUGGGUCAUUGAGCGGUGCGGUGGUGCGUCGUAUCAAGCGCUGGAUGACUAGCGUUGCCACUCGUGAUCUGGAGUUCUUUGCCCUGCACAUGCCCAAGGAGCCAUGGCAGAAGCUAGCUGACCUUGUGCACUUCAAUCCUUGCAAGGACUUCCCCAGCGUGCCCUGGUUCCUGCCGUACUGCUACGGUAAGAGCGCCCCCUAUGACUCGACCGUGUACAACUGCAGUAACCUCAGCGAACGCAACGUCAACAACUUGCUGCGGCUGUACGACAUCCCGUACGCACAUGUCAAGCGGUUCAAGCAGGUGCUGACCGAGGAAUCCAAGGAGCUGAUUAGUGGGAAGGAGAAGUUGGACACAGUGCUAUGGUACUAUGAAGAUCUGAGCUGCCCCGCUGUCGACGCAGUGAUCAUGCACAGAAUCAUGGCAGGCGAACCAGUGAAUCUUCCCUACGGGAAACUCAUGGAGCGUCUUCUUAUCAUCAAGGUCAUGAGAGAGGAAAUGAUGGCAACUCAGAAGAAGACCAUUGCCGAGUUCUAUCAGAUCCUUCUACCGAUUGCAGAGCACAGGCUGUCAGAGAUUAAUGUUACAAUUGAUGCACCUGUGGUCGUGAUCGGAGACCGUUCGCAGUCCAUGAGUGUGGCGGUGCAGACCAGUACCAUCAUCGCCAGCCUGCUGUGUGCCAUCUCCAAGGCAGAGCUAUGCUUCUUCAAUCGUUCCAACCACACGCCUCCGCACUUGCCAAGGACUGUUGAGGAGGCGCUUCAUCUGGCCACAACAAUGACUGCCGUAGGAGGCACGGCCCCUGCUGCCAGCCUGUAUCCUUAUUACCAGGCCAAGAAAGUGGUCAAGACUUUCAUCGUUGUCACCGACGAGGAAGAGAAUGAUCCCCUCAUGAUCAACCACAUGGCAAAGUAUUUCGACGAUGUGUUUGAGAAGUACCACAGGGAAGUCUACCCGGCCAAGUUGGUCUUCGUCUCCUUCCUGAAGCAGCAGCACUCCACCGGCAAGAUGGUUCGGAAGCUCCAGGCCAGAGGCUUCCGGCCGAUUCAGUUCCGCUUGGACGAGCAGCGCCCCGAUCUGCUCAAGCUCAACAAACUACUUGGACUCCUCUCCAUGGAAAGCCAGGACUUCAACGCCAACGUCCAGGCUAUCGAAGCCGAAAUCCGGGAUGAGGGGCUGAAGCAAGCUAUGGAGAAGUUGGUGGUCUGAGGAUUGAAUACAGAAUGAAGUCUCAUCCUAUAAAGACUGUAUACAGGGUUCCAUACAGUCAUGGAAAAGUCCUGGAAAAAAUCAUGGCAUUUAAAGUUAUCAUGGAAACCCAUGGAAAAAUCAUGGAAUUUAAAGCUAUCAUGGAAACCCAUGGAAAAAUCAUGGAAUUUAAAGCUAUCAUGGAAAAUCAUGGAAAAAAUUGUGGAAUAUUGAAAGGGCCCAUAUGCAAUGUAAUUUUUUUAAUGCAAUCCUUGGACAUACACCUUUGUGCACCAUUUGAUCCAAGUUUCAAUUUCCGUUAGUGCCAUUUUCAAGGGAAUUUAGGUGCCCUUUUUUAUGCUAAGGCAAAUUUCCAUUUUCAUGGGCAAAUGUGUGAUGUCAUUUCAGUUAGGAACCUCAAUAUGACAGCUAUUUCAGCACCAAAAGUUCCAGAUUUUUGGAUAUUUCACUGUCCUAAAUUUUCUUUUAUUUGGUGAUUUGUAAUGUAAGUACAUGGCAGUAGGCCAGUGAGCAAACUUUUCUCACAA